ACAAUGCCUUGCGGUGCCCCACUUCCAAAGCUGAGUGAGCUGCUGGAGGAAAGCAGCGAGGCUGUGAGAGGAGGAGUGAGGGGCUUUUCCCCCCGCAGCUUACUGGCGAGAGAGCAAAAUAAAAGCACAGCGAGUGGACGGACGGAGGCAAACUUUGGUGUAACGCGCUCAAACGCCAUUGUCUUUUCCAGCCUUUAUGUCGUAUUUUCACCCUCUAGAAGACAAACAUCACUUUGUCGCAGUUCGCUGGGGGCAGGAGCGAAGAAGAAGAUAGGACAUAUAUAUUUUUCUUUGGCUUAUUCUCCCGAAGACGAAUAUUGUGUCUCCAAACUUCGUAGGUUUAACCGAACUGCGUUCUCUUCCCUUGAAGGUAGCUAAAGAGACUUCAGCUGUCCUGCACGCCUGCAGCCAUCAGGAAUGUUGGGGCCAAGACACCACAGUAUGCCUGGUCACAUUUGACCCAAAAUGGAGCUCAAAGUCUGGGUGGAUGGAGUCCAGAGGGUCGUGUGUGGGGUCACUGAGGCGACCACCUGCCAGGAAGUGGUGAUUGCGCUGGCACAGGCCAUAGGUCGAACUGGGAGAUAUACUCUUGUAGAAAAAUGGCGGGACACCGAGCGGCAUCUAGUCCCUCACGAGAGCCCGGUGGCCUCUCUGAACACCUGGGGUCAAUACGCAGGCGAUGUCCAGCUGAUCUUGCUUCGCACAGGCCCGUCCCUGACUGAACGGCCUCCCUCAGAAGGGCCCCCGCUCAGGGGGCCUGAACGUGGGUUUCAUCGCCAGAGCCUGCCCCCGCUUGCAAAGCUUCACCAUCCAAAUGAACGCUCCCUCCGGCGCCGUGAGCCCCGCCGCAAGUCCCUCACCUUUACAGGAGCGCCUCGAGGUCUAAGGGAGAUUCUGGGCGGAGGUAGGUCAACUGAAGCAGAAACCAAGAGGAGGUUCUACCUGGGAAACGGUGGGACUCACCAUCAUGCUGGAGGAGCCACUGGGACUGCAUGCCAUGGCCUGUGGGCCUGUCGAAUGGAGGACCUGGUUCGAGUGGUGGGCCUACAGAGAGAGACACUCGGUGUGCUGGACAAGAAAAUGGAGUUCUACGAAGCUGAGCUCAAAGCCUGGGCUGAGGGGCGUGGGGGGCGAGCGCCAGGGUGCAGCGGAGACUUGGAUGAGGACCUGAUGGAGGAGAUCCUUAAACUAGAGAAGCAUCUGAGGAAGAACGAGGUAGAGAUGGAGGAAGAGGAGUUUUGGGCCACGGAACUGCAGAUUGAGCUGGAGAGUGAGAGACAGCUGGAGGACAGGCUGCAGGAGCUGCGUGGUCGUUUGCAAGGCUGCGAAAAGGAGAUUGAAGACAAGCUGGCAAUGGUUCAGGGUGUGGAAGCUGGUCUGGAGGAGAUGCGGCUGCAAAGAGAGCAUCAGGAGACCGAGUGGCUAAAUGAGGCAGAGGCUCGAGCCCAGGUGCUACGAGUUAAAGCUGAGCUGAAAGCACAAGAAAGACAAGCUGUCCAGAUGGAAAGCAGCUGCAGAGCUGUAGACAGGUCUUUUGGACAAAGCAGCAAAAAAUUGCAGGACAUGCAGCACGAGCUGGAGCAGCUGACCAAGGAGCUCAGGCAGGUAAAUCUGCAGCAGUUCAUCAAGCAAACUGGCUCGAGGGUCACCGUGCUCCCCGCUGAACCUGCCGAGGACGACAGUACAACCAGCACUCGCGUUAUAGAUUUAGUUCCAUUGACCGGCUCCCUGAAGCGUCACGUGACCUUGCACCAAAUGUCAAGUCAUCUACGGGUCUUACAUAGUCCCCUCAGCUCUGGUUUGAACCCAGAAGGCAUCUAUGUGUGAGACUCCACUGAACAAUCUUCUUAUUAUUCUUCUGCUUCUUCUCCUUCUCCUCCUUCUUCUUCUUCUGAACCUUAUAUUUGGAUAUCUUUGUACGGAUACCUCAGCUAUGCACUGUUGUCCAUUAAGACAAGCUUUUGAACACAUAGUGAAGGAACAACACUGAACCUUUGUCUAGGAGGCAUGCAUCACUCGUUAGGACACAAAGAAGGCAUGCUAUUGUCCCCGAAGUUUGGACAGAGAAAAGGCAUGAAUAAUCAAUAUUUCAUAUUGUUUCGGAAGCGUCUUUUAGUCAGUGGGGUAGCUGCUCAGUGAUUACAUUGCUUUCGUGCUGGUACAGUGGAACCUCAAUUUACGAAUUUAAUUGGUUCUUGAACAGAGUAUAGUGAAGCACAUUUCUCCAUAAGAAACAAUGUGAAUAUGAAUAAUCGGUUCCAGCAUCGACAAAAGUCCAUAUUUUAGUGAAGGUUUGUACACUUUGAACACAGUGUAAAGUGCCAUAGAGCAGGGGUUCUUAUCCUUUUUGACCAUGGUGCUCAACUUUUCCAGUACAGAGGGGCCCAGGGCCCACUCAAGUAUUAACACGUUAUUAUAGUAACAAUUAGUAAUGUUACUCUUGAUUUCAAUCAUAUUCAAUACAUCUAACCUGCUUAGUUUACUACCUUAUCAAAUGACAUGAAACCAUGCGUUAAUCUCAAAGCUUAUCAUUCAUUUAACACACAAACCUUAUUAGGCUUUGGUCAGGCUGAUUAGAAAAUUAAGUAUUAACCAAAUAUACUGCAUAAAAAAGGGACUUGUAAAUAACUGACAAAAAAUAAAUGUACACACAAUUCUGUUGUGCUAUAACAAAUAAACUAAAUUAAUAAUGAGUAUGUUUAUUAAAUAAACUGUCAAUAAAUUUAAAGUCAUAAUUUUUGCGCUUUAGAAACGACUUCUUCUGUUUGUUUGAGAUUGUCAUAAAUACCAUCUUUUUCCAGAAAUGUCUGGUCUUAUCACAAUUUAAAAUUUCCUGUGGUACGAAGCCUGCUUCGACGAUUCUUCCAUCCUUGGGAGCGCCAUUGAUAUAUAACUCGUAAAUAUUAUUUUUAAUUUUUUUACUCCACAACAAAUUCUUCCUUCUUUCCACGGUGGUCUGUUGUCUUUUUGGGUCUCAUAUUGAGUUACCAAAACAGACAAAACAUGUCAAAAGGUGAAAAAACUACGAAAAAGCACACACACUAGAGGAGUUCGUAAAUCGAGGUUUCAUUUUACUAUGAUUCCUAACAAUGGCCUUUAUUUAAGAGUCAAUGAAUUACAGUAUAUUCAUGUUGGAGUUAUGAAAUGAAGACAUUUACUCUGUCUAAUGCCUGAUUUUUACUUAAAAUUAUGUAGGAUACACUUGUGUCAGUAUCAUUUUUUUAAUCCCAGUCUGGCUCUUGCUGAAACUACGCAUACAUAUUUAGGUGACCCUUCAGUUAUUGACAUAUUUUUAGUAUCUGAUAUAUUCUUAGUACUCAUAUUUGCUUCAUGAAGUCAUGAAAGUUUUGUUUUUCAUCCCGUGUUUCCAAUUUGUAGCCAAAGAUAAAGAGGGCUGGGCACGUUAUUUCCGUGUUAUUAUAGCCAUAUACUUGGAGAGCAGUACAUUGUUUAUUAGUUGAAAAACAUGCUAUGUAGCCUUUUAAUGUACAUUAAUAUUAGAUUGUCAGCUGCUCACCCCAGCAAAAGUGCCUUAAUGUAUUCAGUGGUCAGUGAAUGUAGACAAACAUGAAGCUAUAGUAAGAAAUAUGAAGGCAGUUGUAGUAGUGUCAAGUUAUUUUUAUUUUUAUCUGUACAUGUUUUACUGAGAAUGGUUGAAUGUGGCGGCAAGUGUUCUCCACUCUUUUACCAAAUCAUUUAUUGUUUAAAAUGGAUUCAUAUUUAACCCAUUGAAAACAUUCUAUAUGCUGCCAAUCGUCACUUUGUUUCAAAUGCCAUAACCAAUGUAUGUCCUACAAUUUGUACAAUUAAAAUUCACUUUUCAAAUAUUACUUGUAAAAUGGAGUGACUCGUGUCUGUCACUGAUUUUUUUGUUUUGUUUGUUUUGGAGAUAAACGAUGUCAACUGUACAUACACGUAUUUUUAAACCAAUAUUGUACAGCUGUAAUCUUCCAGGUGAUAUGAACUGCAUGAUUUAAAUAAAUACAAAUACACAAUU